AGUUGAGGCCAAAGAUAUAGGGCAGAAGAAGAAAGGAAUCUAGGAAUGCAUUCUCACUUAAGAGGGUCUCCACACUUUCUUCCAUAUAUUGUUUCUGUGGCUAUCAAACAGGAUUUCCGUUAAUAUAUAAACUAUUCUCUAGGAGUUAUCAAUCAGUGCGAAGACCUACAAGGAUUUACUCAGAAUGUCUGACGGAUAUAAAUCAGGGAACGCUAGUUUCAGAGGUGGAUUUAAGAAUGGAAGUAACAGGGGUGGUUCCAGGGGUAGUUUCAGGGAUAGAAAUUCUGCAGGAGCAAACAGAAAUGGUUCUGGGAGUGGUUAUGGUAACAACGGUAGAGAUCGAUUUGGUAAUGGACAAGAUUUGCAACCAGUUGACUGGAACGAAAUAUCUUUGCCACCAUUCGAAAAAGAUUUUUAUGUGCCCCAUGAGUCCGUAUCCAAACGAUCGACAUCUGAAGUGGAGCAAUAUCGACAUUCAAACGAAAUCACAGUUGACGAAAAUGCUCCUAAUCCAAUCGAGAGUUUCAAGGAAGCCUGCUUUCCUGAUUACGUGAUGAAAGAAUUUCGCAAGCAGGGCUACGAAGCUCCCACUGCUAUUCAGGCUCAAGGUUGGCCAAUCGCCAUGAGUGGCCACGAUAUGAUAGCCAUCGCUAAGACAGGAUCUGGUAAAACAUUAGGAUAUAUACUUCCAGCAAUAGUGCACAUCAAUAACCAAGAACCGUUAGGCAGAUAUGAUGGACCCAUAGCUCUUGUUCUAGCACCUACCCGAGAACUAGCUCAGCAAAUACAAAAAGUAGCGAAUGACUUUGGCAGAUCUUCCAACGUGAGGAACACCUGCAUUUUUGGAGGAGCUCCAAAAGGUUCUCAAGCUCGCGAUUUAGAAAGAGGAGUAGAAAUUUGUAUCGCAACUCCUGGUAGGCUGAUCGAUUUUUUGUCGAAAGGUACAACAAAUUUGAAUCGCUGUACUUAUCUAGUAUUGGACGAAGCUGAUAGAAUGUUGGAUAUGGGUUUCGAACCUCAGAUUCGUAAAAUUCUAAAUCAAAUACGUCCUGAUAGACAAACUCUCAUGUGGUCUGCCACAUGGCCUAAACAAGUAGAGAAACUAGCCUCUGACUUCAUGACUGAUCCUGUUCAGCUCAAUAUAGGAUCGAUGGAUCUGUCUGCAAAUCAUAAUAUUCAACAGAUCGUUGAAGUUUGCCACGAAUAUGAUAAGGAACAAAAGUUAGGGAAACUUCUGCAAGAAAUUGGGAAUGCUGAACCAGACUCUAAAAUAAUCAUUUUCGUUUCAAUGAAGAAGAAAGUGGAAGCGAUUACAAGAACAAUCAAGACGUAUGGCUGGUCUGCAGCAACAAUGCAUGGGGAUAAGACGCAACAGGAAAGAGAUUAUGUCUUGAGACAGUUCAGAAAUGGCAAGAUAACAGUUUUAGUUGCCACUGAUGUGGCUGCUAGAGGAUUAGAUGUGGAAGGAAUCAAACAUGUCAUAAAUUACGACUACCCAAGUUCAUCUGAAGAUUAUAUACAUAGAAUAGGAAGAACUGGAAGAUCUGAUACCACCGGUACAUCUUAUACUUUCUUCACCCCUUCUGACUCUAGACAAGCCAAAGAUUUAGUGUCCGUUCUAACUGAGGCCAACCAGGUGGUGGAUCCAAAACUAAGCGAGAUUGCUAAUCGUGCUAAUCGAUAUGGAAAUAAUUCAGGGGGUCGAUGGAAUUAUGGAGGAAGUUUCAGGGGAAAGGAAAACUUUGGAACAUCAUCAAAUAGGAAAUUCGGUCGUGGAGGAUUCAACAGGCAAGGACGAUUCUGAAGCGAGUGGACAUAAUCCAAUUUUCAGCUGAAGGAUCACUGAGCGUUUGUUUGUUCAUUUCGAUUCGAUGAAGUUUUUGCCUUCUGAAAAUCAAU